AUGUCUCUUCCCAAUCUGCCGGUCGAGCUCUUGGUGCACAUCAUCGCAUCCAUAGACUCCCUCCAAGCACUUCACGCUCUAGCCCUCACAAGCCGUGGCUUCUACGCCCUUGCCGAUCAUGUCAUCUACCAGCACGAUGCGCAGGGCUCCCAGCACGCCAUCCACUGGGCGGCCACAUAUGGAGACAUCGACCUAUUGAAAAAGUCGCUCGACCACGGUGCAAAAGUGCCUCCUGUCCCCUGCGCGCUCCUGCUAGGAGAGAUCCAUCCGCAACAGCUUGCCAAAGGACUACCCCCCGAUACCCCCGGUCCACCUCACCCACUGUGCACGGCCGUCGAACACGGCCACGCGGAGAUCGUAGACUUUCUCCUCAAUCUCAAAUGCCACAUCCACAUGACCGACAUGCAGAAACUGUGGGUUCUCGCAUCCGCUGUAGCCCAUGGCCACGCCGAGGUCGUGCGCGUGCUCCUCCGUCGCGGCAUACGGCAGGAUACGGGCUGGUACGUUUACGGGGACUGGCCGAUCCAGAUUGCCGCGCGGCAGGGGAGCCGGGAGAUGGUCGAGAUCCUCCUGGCGGACGACUCAAACCCGCCGGACGAGGCUGGGAUGAAGGGGGCGCUGGAGGGCGCCCUGCUCGGAGGGCAUCUCCACCUUGUCCCGCUGCUCCUGCGCAAAUAUCGCUAUGGCUUGGAUUUUUCUUUUGAUGCCUCCCGCGACGGCUCGCUGGAUACUCCGCUUCGCUGGGCGGCAGGGACGGGUCACCUUGCGUUCGCACGGCUCUUCCUGGAUAAGGGGGCGAGCCCGGAUUACCCAGGCGGAUGGCGUACGCCUCCGCUGCUCAUUGCCGUCCAGGAGCGCCACGAGGAGAUGGUCCGCCUGCUUACCCCGGUCACGCACCGGAUCCACGGAACGCGAGCCCUAACGCUCAGCAUGGAACAGGCGGACGGUGUAAUCGCAAGAAUCCUCCUCGAGAACGGCGCGAAACCAGACCAUGAAUGGAAUGACUCGACAGAACUAAACAGCCACUACGGCGGGGAAUGCACACUCGGCGUGUCCGACGAUCUCGUCCCGCCGCUGAUUGCCGCCGUGAGUCGCGGACACGAGAUCCUGGUGCGCCUGCUCGUGGAACACGGCGCAAAUGUCAACGUCGAAUACUACCGAGGUAUGGGCUCGAGGGAGAAGAAUGUGCCGGAUGGCUUCAUGGGAGCGCCACUGCUUCUCGCGAUGAAACUGAGAUUCGAUGAGAUUGCUGGGUUCUUGCGGGAGAAGGGGGGGAGAGAAGAGGCGGGGACAUGGGAGGAGCGGUUUCAGGAACGGUUUCCGCAGGACGUGGUUGAGGAGUUUAUGAGCUGGGGUUAUGAGCGUCCUGUAUACCUGGGCACCUAG